CCUCGCCGCGUUAAGAUCUCCGAGAAAGAUACGAAAAUACCUCCUCCGAAUCUUCUCCGUGAUCCCCUCGAGCUUUCGUCCCCGAUCCGGAGUGACGAACUCCGAGCGGUGGAGAUGAUCGCUUAGGUAGGCCGAAGCAUCGGCUGCCAGAUAUGUCUGGCCUCUCGUCGCGUUCGCGUCUCGUUAUCGUCUCGAUGCCGAUGUCGAUGUCGAGGGCACCCUUGACUCCGUUGACGCGGUGAACCUCGGCGAACCUGGACGCCAAGAAUUCUGCUGCACGGUGUCGAGUGGUGCGCUAAAAAUACGAUACGAAACACCCCCGUAUCUCCGUCGAGUGUACGCGGUGUUAAAGUGGUAAAAAUAAGCCGAAACCCGAGUUUAAAUACCCGGCUGUGUGUGUUUUUUUAUUUUUUAUUUCACUAUAUAUUUAUUUAUUUUUAUUUUCUUUUUUUUCUGUAAAAUCUAUCCGCGUAUCAUUCUUCUUAUAUUACAAGCGAUCGGAGAGACUGCUUGCUUGCUCGGGUUUUUAACUCGAUUGUUCGUUAUUCGAAAAUUAGUGAAAUAGAAUUGGAGAUAAGAAAUAGAAGAGAGAAAAAAGAAAAUGAACGAACUUUACGUCUUGGGGAUCAUCUGUAUGUUGGGAAUGGCCGCUGCAGCGCGGACGCGCAAUAUACGAGAUGUCGCCGACGAUACCCUGGACUACAAGGGAUCCCCGAGAUCCAACUGCCCCGCUAGUGCUCACCAGGGAAAUCAGCCUGUCGACAGAGUCGACACCUCCAUUAAUCUUAGCCGGUUGAGGCUGGAAAUGAGCCGGAUCACGAGCGUCCAAGGACCUGCUCUUGACGGUUACAUUGUUACUUCGGACGAUGCUCAUCAGACCGUGACGUCGUUCAAUCAAGGCCGUCUCGGCCCUUCGGAGAGUGAGACUGUCGCACCGCAUGAUGCAAGAAGGGAAUACAUCACGGGAUUUUUCGGUAGUUUCGGAGAGGCUCUAGUCACUCAAGAUAAAGCUGUUUUCUGGACUGACGGAAGGUAUCACAUACAGGCAGAUAAGCAGCUUAGCUGCGAUUGGACCCUGAUGAAACUUGGCAAUGAAAAUGUCCCCACGCUGUCCCAGUGGCUGUUGCACGAGUUUCAAUCCAAAGAGAAUGAAACGCGAAUUGGAGCGGACCCUGCUCUGAUCCCAGCAUUUACGUGGGAAAAUUGGGAAUACGACCUGUUAAACACAUCGGUCAAAUUAGUCGCAGUUCACAAUAACCUGAUAGAUGCAAUCUGGCAAACGGAUCGACCGCCGUAUAAUGCCGAUCCUGCUACCGUUCUGGAAGAUAAAUAUGCGGGUCGACCGUGGCAGGAAAAGAUUCGUGAAGUUAGGAGGGAAAUGGAACUUGUGGGUGCAAAUGCUCUGGUCCUGACCGCCCUUGACGAAAUUGCCUGGCUAUUCAACAUUCGUGGCAAUGACAUCCCUUAUACCCCAGUCUUACGGUCAUAUGCCCUCAUCACCGAUGGUGCUAUUCAUUUGUACGCUCCUGAACAAAAACUGCACAGAUCUGUCCGCAUACAUCUGAAAACUGACGCUUGCUUUCAUGCCGACUGCGUCAAAGUUCACAAUUAUACGUCUAUCUGGUACGAUCUGAGGACCAUGGCACAGGCUUGGAAGAGUGUCUGGUUACCUGCCCAGUGCGGCUACGCAAGGGGUGCUUCCCAAGAGAUUUUCAUAUCCAUCCCGCAAUCUAUACGGCUGAUAAAACCGUCACCAAUAAUCGCAAUGCGUGCGGUAAAAAAUCCUGUGGAAAUACGAGGCAUGGAACAAGCUCAUAUUAGAGAUGGAAUCGCAAUGUGCGAAAUCCUUUCCUACAUCGAGGAGCAACUUGAGCUAGGCACCAAGGGCUGGGACGAGCUUCAGGUGUCUAGAUUCGCUAAAGCAGUACGUAUGGAACAGGAAAAUGCCGUGGGUAUAUCCUUCCCUACGAUAGCAGGCUACGGACCUCACGCCGCCUUGCCACACUAUGAACCAGCCGUUGCUACCAGUUUAACACUCGGCACGGAUUCUACCCUGGUAAUUGAUUCCGGUGGCCAAUACCUCGACGGUACUACAGACGUGACAAGAACUGUCCACUACGGCCAACCGACGAAAGAACAAAAAGAGGCUUACACCCGAGUCCUGAUUGGCUCGAUACAAUUAGCUUCACUAAUCUUCCCUGCUGAGUUAAGAACAGACCAACUUGAUCUUCUGGUCAGGGAACCCUUGUGGUCAGUUGGUCGCGACUACCAACACGGAACUGGCCAUGGUGUCGGGCAUUAUUUGUCUGUUCACGAACCUCCCAUCAGUGUAUCAUACGAUACAUCAACUGAUGAAUGUGCCCCUGUCAAUCUUCAACCAGGAUAUUUUCUUUCCAAUGAACCUGGGUAUUAUAAGGAGGGUGAAUUCGGUAUCCGAUUAGAAAAUGUUUUACAGGUCGUUGAAACUAAUAUGACGCAUCAUUCUGGACGAAAGUUUCUUAAGUUCAAAGAUGUCACACUGGUUCCUUACGAGCCAAAACUCAUCGAUCUGGAAUUAUUGACACCAUCACAUCGGCAUUGGUUAAACGCGUAUAAUGAAAGAAUCAGAAAAGAGGUCGGCACUGAAUUGAAGAAACGUAGAAAAAUAAGCAGCUACAACUGGAUGAUUCUUCGUACUCUACCCAUUCCUGAGGUUGGAUCCGGAUCAAGUUUAUCUGCCCUUCCUCACCACUCGUUCCUUUUUUUUGCAUUAACAGUUAUACACGUAUUCCUGGAUGGAAGAGGUAAUUUACCAUUUAGGUCUAUAGAAAGAGUGUGCAGCUACUUGAUGAACAUCUCAAAACUCUGUUAUAGAACUUUUCAUUCAUAAAUCUGAAGACUUGACAGCCGUUGAUGCUAUCUGUGUUAGAUACUACAUGUAGAUCGUAUAUUGCGAUAAUAGUAUAACCUGUAUACUAAGCUACGUAUUAGUAAUUACUUUUAGCUAAAGCCCAGUAUUCAAUUUCAAGGCUUACCUCUGAUCUCAUUCGAACAACGCAGUUCAACGAAUCAGAAACAAACUUUGUUUAAAUUGCAUCGAGCAUAGAAUUGAGCUUAGUUUAAACCAAAGUUUAAACUCGUGAAAAUUAACUGGUCCUGAGAUUUUUGUUGAGUAUUGUAGUUUUUUUAAACCUACUUUUGUAGCAUUUUGCAGGUGUAUUAAAGUAUAGGUAUAAGAAAAGAUUGGCCUUAGUGUCAAAAUGGUUUCACUUUGCUAACCGAUUUAUCACUUUGAACUUUAUAGCAAUUAAUUCUAAAAGGAUAAAAAUUGAAUAAAAAUAAAUACACGCCUGAGUAGUACAUGAUAUUUGGUUUCGUGUUAUUUUGAAUGCAUUUCAUCCUUCGUAAAAAUGAUUAGAAUUUGUAGUUUAAGAAUUAAGCCAAGACACAGAAAUAUGCAUACAUCAUUCAUUAUACGUACAUACGUUCAUAUAAUUAUACCAUUCGCUUCUUGUUAUAUAUUAUUUUACAUUUUUUUUUCAUAAUUUAUAAAAUAGAUAAUAGAUGGCUGCUAAUUAAUUGUCUACGGAUGUAGCAAUUAAUAAAAACUAAAUGCUACUAAAUUAUUUCGAAAUCACAUCCGGGUGAUUUUUCUUCGUCCGAAAAAUGACUUAAAACAUGUUCGUGAAAUUCCGCGCAAUUGAUUGUUUUUCCAUAUAUCAUUUCACACAUAGGGCAAAUUUUGUUUUCAACUUCACUGCACCCGUCUGUCGUAUAAUUCAUAUUUUCUGGUAAUGUGGUGGAGUUCGGAAUGAGACUUGUUUGUGUAGCACCAUUUUCUUUUAAGCUGUCAUCUGAAUUAAACUGAGUUCCUGCUUGACACAUUUUUUUCCUAGCAUUGUCACGACAACUCUUACACAUUGCUCCUGUAAAGACAAAUAAAAAGUAAUACGUCAUUGUAGAUAUCGUUUAAGUUAUGAAGAGCUAUAAAAUUACGAGGUUUCAUCUCGUAACAUUAACGUAAGAAUACUUUGAAAGAAAAAUCGUAAUUCUGUAAUUUUAAACUGAUUUCGAAAGAUUCAAAUUCAUGAAAUAUUAAUAUGUUAAUAUUGUAUUACAGUUUACUGAAUUGCAGAUGAUCCUAAUGUUGUAAAAUGAUGACAUGUUAUAAAAAUAUACCGUUACCUGAAGGUUAA